UGGCAAGACAGUCAAAAGAAGGGUCGGUGAUGACUAGGGUCCAAGCCGGAGUGGAGGGCGGGCGUGGAUGCGGAGCUCUUGGAGGCAGCUGCGGGAAUGAAAACGUCGCAACGGCAGGUCGCACUGCAAGCGAUUAGGUGCUGCGAGCGUCCGGAGCUGGUAGGUGCGAGAGUGGCCCGGGAAGGCAGGCGAGCGACUGCAAACACGUGGGGGUUGUCGUGGAAGUCGCGGAUUAAGGUGGCGCGGGCCAGUCAGGCAAAGGUCGCGAUUGCAAGAGAAGAACGGUGCAGGUCGCCUCCCUCGCGCGAACUUUUAGCCUCGAGGUACUGUAUCCGACUGAACAAUCCGCAGCUCAGCUCGGGCAAAUGGAGUGACGGUGUAGAGAGGAUGGAGGUGGGUUGGCGGAGUUGGAGUUGGAGUUGGCGUUGCUGCUGCUUCUUCGCUGAGGUGAAGGUGGUCGGAGCUUUCGGCGUCAUUGGGCGGUCACCAUCACAGCACGAGCGCAUUUCACACCCGCAACAUGAAUACGCAAGGAGAGACAUGCAGUCAACGGGCAACGGGCGUACUUCACGACCUUUUUUUUUUAUAUAUAUAUAUUUUUUAUUUUUUUUAUACACACAUCUGGCCCGCUCGCUCGAUUGUUCAUCAGGACAAACAAGCCUUGUUGAGUGCUGCACCAAGGGUGGUGACAGCGAAGCUGACAUACUCUCUCGCUCUACCUAACAAGUCCGAUCGGCACCAGUAGCUUUCGUUGAUUUCAUCGUAGUUGUAGGUGGUAACUUCUGUGCUGCAUGGCCGGCC